ACACACCAUACGUCUUCUUUCCGCGCCGCAGCAGCCAGUCUUUCCCAAAAACCCAUUUCUUUCUCUCUUCUCUUCUCUUCACUUACCUUUUCCUCUUCUUCACUGUGUGUGGUGAGCGCAAAACCCUAAUUUAUCAUCAUGUCGUCGUGUACUGGAGUUGCAAUGAUGAGUUCUUUGCAACAACCUCUCUGGACUAAGUUGCAUAAUUUCACUUCUAAUAAGGGGCAUACCAGUCAUUUCUUUUUACCCUGCAAAGCUUCUCAUGUCGAAGCAAGUUUAGUCGCUGGAAACCCAUCAUCUUUGUCUUUCUCUGUCCCUCAAAUUGGAGGUGAUGGAUGUAGCUUCUUGGACUAUGGCUUGAAUGAAGCUGAUUCUGAAGUUCAUACAAUAAUUAACAAGGAAAAGGACCGUCAAUUUAGAAGCCUUGAACUUAUUGCUUCUGAGAAUUUUACAUCUAGAGCAGUGAUGGAAGCAGUUGGUUCAUGCCUCACAAACAAGUACUCAGAAGGUUUGCCUGGUAAAAGGUAUUAUGGUGGCAAUGAGUUCAUUGAUGAGCUUGAAACCCUAUGUCAAGAAAGGGCACUGGCUGCAUUUCAUGUUGAUGGUAACAAGUGGGGUGUAAAUGUUCAACCAUUAUCUGGUUCCCCAGCUAAUUUUGCUGUGUACACUGCAGUUCUUAAGCCACAUGAUCGAAUAAUGGGUUUGGAUUUGCCUCAUGGAGGGCAUUUAUCUCAUGGAUUCAUGACACCUAAAAGACGUGUAUCAGGCACAUCAAUUUAUUUUGAAUCUAUGCCUUAUCGACUUGAUGAAUCCACAGGUCUUAUUGAUUACGAUAUGCUGGAGAAAACUGCCAUUCUCUUCCGACCAAAACUCAUAAUUGCCGGUGCUAGUGCUUAUCCUCGAGACAUUGAUUAUCCUCGCAUGAGAAAGAUUGCAGAUCAAGUAGGUGCUUUUCUUAUGAUGGAUAUGGCUCACAUAAGUGGGCUUGUUGCUGCAUCUGUGCUAGCUGAUCCCUUUGAGUUUUGUGAUAUUGUGACAACCACCACCCACAAGUCUUUGAGAGGUCCUAGAGGUGGUAUGAUAUUCUUCAAGAAAGAUGCUGUGCAUGGGGUUGAUCUUGAGUCUGCCAUUAAUAAUGCUGUUUUUCCCGGUUUACAGGGGGGUCCACAUAACCACACAAUUGGAGGACUAGCAGUUUGCUUGAAGUAUGCCCAGUCUCCAGAUUUUAAAAAUUACCAAAACCAGGUGGUUGCUAACUGUAGAGCUCUUGCUAACCGAUUAAUUGAGCAUGGAUAUAAGCUGGUUUCUGGUGGUAGUGAUAAUCACCUGGUUCUUGUUGAUCUGAGGCCAUCUGGUAUCGAUGGUGCUCGGGUGGAGAAAAUUCUUGACAUGGCUUUUAUAACCCUCAACAAAAAUUCAGUGCCUGGCGACAAGAGUGCCCUAGUUCCUGGAGGCAUUCGCAUUGGGUCACCUGCUAUGACAACAAGAGGACUUGGUGAGAAAGAAUUUGCACUAAUUGCAGACUUAAUUCAUGAGGGUGUGCAGAUAAGUCUUGAAGCCAAAAGUUUGGUCUCAGGAACUAAGGUUCAAGAUUUCCUGAAUUUCGUCUUAUCUCCUGAAUUUCCUCUGGGAAAUAAGGUUUCAGAUUUGCGUAGGAAAGUUGAAGCUCUUACUUCUCAGUAUCCUAUUCCUGGAGUCUAAUCCUACUUGCUUAAUGAGUGUCAAAGACUAGGACAAAACUUUUAUAAAUUUUGAUACGAUAAUAAGUACAUGUUUCAUUUUUGUGUUGAUGUUAAUAUUGUUUGUUUCAUUUCCUGGUAAAAUGUGUCUGCUGAUGCUCUAAUUACAUCCUUGAAAUACUUCUUAGUUCUCCGUUUGUCUAAAAGCAAAGAUUUUGAAGGCAUUACUGUUGCAUUUUGUGCAGAUAAUGGAGUAUUGAAUGAUGAAAAGAUUGUUACCGAUAA